CGCGAACGGCGGCCCCGGGCCGCGGCCCCACUUUGCGGUCGGAAAGGCGAGCAGCACCGGGCCCUGCGAUGCCGUUUGGCUGCGUGACGCUGGGAGACAAGAAAGAUUAUAACCAGCCGUCCGAGGUGACCGACAGAUAUGACCUGGGCCAGGUCAUCAAAACGGAGGAGUUCUGUGAAAUCUUCCGGGCCAAGGAGAAGACGACAGGGAAGCUGUACACCUGCAAGAAGUUUCUGAAGCGGGAUGGGCGGAAAGUGCGGAAGGCAGCCAAAAAUGAGAUCAUCAUCCUCAAAAUGGUGAAGCACCCUAAUAUCCUCCAGUUGGUGGAUGUCUAUAUCACCCGCAAGGAGUAUUUCAUCUUUCUGGAGCUGGCCACUGGCCGGGAAGUCUUCGACUGGAUCCUGGACCAGGGUUACUACUCAGAGAAGGACACCAGCAACGUCAUCCGGCAGGUGCUGGAGGCUGUUGCCUACCUGCACUCGCUCAAGAUUGUCCACAGGAACCUCAAGCUGGAGAACCUGGUGUACUAUAACCGCCUGAAGAACUCCAAGAUCGUCAUCAGCGACUUCCACUUGGCCAAGCUGGAGAACGGGCUCAUCAAGGAGCCCUGUGGCACACCCGAGUACCUGGCUCCAGAGGUGGUGGGACGGCAGCGGUACGGGCGGCCAGUGGACUGCUGGGCCAUCGGAGUCAUCAUGUACAUCCUCCUCUCAGGAAACCCCCCCUUCUAUGAGGAGGCGGAUGAAGAAGACUACGAGAACCAUGACAAAAAUCUCUUCCGCAAAAUCCUGGCCGGUGACUACGAGUUCGACCCUCCGUACUGGGAUGAUAUCUCACAGGCGGCUAAGGAGCUGGUGACUCGCCUGAUGGAGGUGGAACAGGACCAGCGGAUCACGGCAGAGGAGGCCAUCUCCCACGAGUGGAUCUCUGGCAAUGCCGCCUCUGACAAGAACAUCAAGGAUGGCGUCUGCGCCCAGAUUGAGAAGAACUUUGCCCGGGCCAAAUGGAAGAAAGCUGUGCGAGUGACCACGCUCAUGAAACGCCUGCGAGCGCCCGAACAGACGGAGACGGCCACGGCUACGGCCACGGCCACAGCCCCGGCCAAGGCCACGGCCACGGCUACAGCCACGGCUACGGCCCCGGCCUCAGCCCCGGCCACCACUGCUGCCACCACUGCCACCGCCACCGCCACCACGGCCGCCACGGACACUGCGGCCCCCGCGGCCCCCAGCUCUCCGCCCGCGGACGCGCAGCCCCCGGCACCCGGCACGCCUCCCGCCACCACGUGUACCGGGGACGGGGCUGCUACCGAUGACACCGCCACCACCGCCGCCGCUGCCACCAAGUCUCCCGACGAGCAGACCGGCUGAAGGCCCCCCACGCACCCUUGUACAUAGCCCCCGGCAUGGCCCCCCCGUCCCCGCCUGCGUCCCCUUUUCUACGUGCCCCGGCGGAGAGCCAGCCGCGGGGCAGAGCCCUGCAUGGAGCCCGUCCUCCCCGCCCCCCAGGGGCUUUGCCGCUCGGUCUGUGUCCCCCCUACUUU